AUGGGUUUCAAGUCGACUUUCAUGCAGCUAGCACUUGUUCUGCCGAGCUUUCUCAUCGUAUCAUCCUCACCUGUUGAAGGGAGACGAAGCCCUCCACGUGAGAGAGACUUCCAGGGCCUGGCAGAUAACUACCUCAGCCUUUGGGGCGGCGAGCUGUCUCUGGUUGACUCUGUGAUUCACCCCAAAAUAUCACUCAUUGCUGAUCGUCUCCCAUCCUCUGUCGGCAGCGACGUCAUCCAAGUUGGCAACAUCGAAGAGUACGUUGCAUUCGUGCAGAAGUCAAGGGCCGGCUGGAAGGAGUACAACUUCGACGUUAUCCACAUGGUUGGAAAUGGAAACCAGAUGGCAAUUCGGUGGAAGAUGAACGGUAUCACCACUGCGAACAUGACGCUACCGACCACUCUUGAUCCUGGCUCUCCAGUCACUUACAACGGAACCGAUUUCCUAAUCUUGGAUGACUGCACUGGGCUGGUUAAGGAGGUUCAUAUGGCCCAAGACUUCAUCACCUUCUUCCAUGCCUUGGGCCUGGAGGCAGUUACUGUCUGA